GAAAGUCCCACAAUUCAUACUACUUCCUGUUUCAAACUACGUGAAGUUUAAUUUCACUAAUAUAUUUUUGUUAGUUUUUGGCAGUUUAUUAGAGCAUUUUGUGAUCCCAAACUCUCACCGAGCAUGGCAUCGAAGGCUAAGGCGUCGCAGCCCGCUGUGAUACACAAGGUGAUCAUGGUCGGUAGUGGUGGUGUCGGCAAGUCGGCGCUCACCCUGCAGUUUAUGUACGAGGAGUUUGUUGAGGACUACGAGCCGACCAAGGCGGACUCCUACAGGAAGAAGGUGGUCCUGGAUGGGGAGGAGGUCCAGAUUGACAUCCUGGACACGGCGGGGCAGGAGGAUUACGCCGCCAUACGGGACAACUACUUCCGCAGCGGCGAGGGCUUCCUCUGCGUGUUCUCCAUCACGGAGCAGGAGUCGUUCCAGGCUACAGCUGAAUUCAGAGAACAGAUUUUGCGCGUGAAGAACGAUGACAACAUUCCGUUUCUAUUAGUCGGCAACAAGGCAGAUCUGGAGGACAGACGGCAGGUGACGUUGGACGAGGCGAAUCAACGAGCUCACGGCUGGAAUGUACCCUACGUAGAAACAUCGGCAAAAACUAGGGCAAAUGUAGAUAAGGCGUUCUAUGAUCUUAUGAGGUCAAUGCGUGCGAUGAAAAUGAACAAACGCUCGACGUUGUCGGGUAAAAGUUCAGUGAAAAUCGAAAGAAUUCAUAAGACGGGAAAUGAAAGCGAGGAACCCAAAAAUGGCUGCUGCAUUGUUUUAUGAUUUCAUUAAAAAUGACCAAAAUUAGGAAUGCAAAGAAAACAAAGUCUUAUAAUAGCUAUACAGUGAUGCAAAGCAGUAAAUAAAUGUAAUAUUAAAUAAAUUUAUCAUCUUUUUGGUGUCUUACCUAUGACAAGGGUGUGACCGGGCUAAUUGAUCUUGUAUCUGUUUGCUUUACAUAGUUCUUUUAACCCUUUACCACUUAGAUAUGUAUUUUGACGCACUUGUAGUCCUUAAGAAAUUUACAUUCAAUUAAAUACCUUGCCUACUUAAUUCAAGUUUUAAAGGCUCCAUUUCCAACCCUUAGAUACUGAUGAGCAGCAAACAUCAUAAAACCUGAACAGACUGCGAGUACUGCGAGUAACUCGCAGGCUGUUCUGGGCCCGUAUUCACCAACCAAUUCUUAGACUUAAGAAUAAAGAAUAGACUUAGAACCAAGAAAAAUGUGUUCAGUGUUUGAAUAUAUACAGGCCUUCACUGCUGAUUAUGUCAUUAACAAAAUGUUCUAUAUAAAGAAUAAUAUAGAUAGAGAUGUUUACCGCAGAGUUUGACUCAAAAUUCAAGAAAUUCUUGAAUAUUCUAAUAUAAAGAAUUUUCUUUAUUCUCAGACUUGAGUCUAAGAAUUGGUUGGUGAAUACUGGCCCAGGUAAUUUAUGCUGUAUGCACAUAGCCAUUUUUACUUUGCUUCUGAGUGGGAAAGGGUUAAACUGACAAAUGAUAACAGACUGUAACAUAAUGUGCACCGUAUUCAGAUAAUGACUAAAGUCAUUGUUAAAAUGGAAAUUCAUUAUGUAAAAAUUAAGUGUAGAGGGGUUUUAGUCCUAGCUUAAUACAUUGUCAUAAUAAAUUUGUAACAAAAUCAAUCAUUUUAUAAAUUUCAUCCAGUUUUUCAUCAAGUGUAGUGGGUUUAGUUCUAGCUUAAUACAGUCAUUGUCAUAAUAAAUGUGUAAUAAAAUCAAUCAUUUUAUCAAUUUCAUUGUUCACGCCAUCAAACAAAUAUUACUCAUUUUUCUUCAGUCAUAUAUGUAAAUAAUUCAUUUAUACAACCUUGCUUAUCUUUUUUUUCUGUUUUUUGUUAGAAAAAUGAAGCUAAAUUACAUGUAGCUUGUUCAUAUAAAUAUAAAAUCAUUAAAAAAUGUUAUCAUGUCAUAUAAGAAAUAAUAAUAAAAUGUGUAAUUCA